GAAGAAGCAGAAGCAGGAAGCACUCUUCGACUGUUGUCACACGUGACUCAUCACGUGACUCAUGUCUCCGGUCCCUUGCAGACCCAAACUACAGAGUAGCUGUGAUCAUGGAGAAGACUUUCAGUCAGUGGAAGAAGCAGUGUUUGGGAAAACUGGACCUCAGUAAGAAAUCCAGCGUGGAUGAGGGAAUCGAACAUGUAGUGUCUCUGCUCAACUGCUGUGAGGAGUUCUUCACCACGAGCUCGUGUUCAGGCAGAAUCAUCCUCAUUGAUGGGGUGCCUGAAGGCAGCGGUGUUCAGAAACAGAACUGUGUAUGGCUGUUUGUCUCACACCAGAAAUGCAAACCAGAGGAACUGAUGUCUGGCCUGGCCCGGUCCAGUGCAGAUGCCGUGUUGAAGUUUGAGCCCUUUGUUCUCCAUGUUCAGUGCAGGCAGCUGAAAGAUGCACAGCUGGUGCACUCUGUGGCUGUUAACUCUGGCUUCAGGAACUCUGGACUCACUGUCGGCAAGACCGGAAAGAUCCUCACGGCAGUCCGGAGCACACAUGGCUUAGAGGUUCCUCUCAGCAGAAACGGAGUGCUCCUGGUGGACCACGAGUACAUCAGUUUCCUCGCUAAGAUCGCCAACGAGAAGAUGGAGGAGAAUGUGAGACGGAUACAGAGGUUCUACCAGAACCUUCAGUCAGCCCUGUCCAGAGAUCAACUCACAAAAGGAACUGAAACCUCCCAGGAACCACGAAAUCAUCCUCACAGACUGAACAAAGAAACAGAAGAAGAAAAACAAAAGGAGGAGAGGAACAAAAGAACUGAUUACAAGCAGGAGAAGAAGAGACAACAACAACUCAGUCAGACUGAUGGCUGCCAUGGGACAGGGUCCUGUAGUGUACUAGAUCUGGAGGACUGCUUUGAUCUGUUCACUUGAACUGGUGGCAUUGCUAACUUUCUUCUUCUUCUGACUGGAGAGAACAUUUUGUGUUUCAUUGAUUUUUAUGACUGUUGUUUUGCUGGUUAGGCGUUUGAUCAUGAGAGGCCUCCAUCUCUGACAGCAGGGGUUCCCAAACUGUUCAGCCUGUGACCCCCAAAAUAAAGGUGCCAAAGACUUGUGACCCCCACUGUCCCUCAAGGUGAUGACAUUUUGCUUCAUACACCAUUUAGCUGGUCUACAGAAAAUGAUCCUCCUACAUGCACAUGUUGAUGUUUCCUGUGCUGUUAUGAAUGAACCUGCUGCUACUGGUGCUUUUAUUCAUUAACUGUUAACUAACUCUAACAUCAGGAGGCAUCUGGCAACAAAGAAAGGCAGAAAAGUGAUGAACCAUUUUUUAUUUGCAAGGUUUUAUUUCAAAUUUAGUCACUAUUUUUGUCAACAAUUUUACUAUAAUGGGUAAAAUAUGCAAUUUAAGGUUACAAUUGUGGAAGACAUCUCGUGACCCCCAAGGGUCCCAACCAUAGACUGUUUAAAAUAAUGGACAUAGUACCGGCGGCAGCCAUAUUGGAAAUGUUGAACUCAACAACUGGUGAAUAGAAAUGACUGACCUUAUUUUAACAGAGUAGGAGGAUGUAAGAGUUUCCUGAAGAGGUGCUGGUACCUAGAUAUCAUUAGAUAAUGUCUAACUACUGUGUUACUGAGCAGACAACAUACAGACCUUGUGCAGACCCAGUUCUGAUUAAAAAUACUUUGACUAUGAAAAA